UUCACUACACUGGGGACGCUGGUUGGGGUUUCUGCUUUAUGCGAGUUGCACCGGGGACCGAGAACACGUAUUUAACCUUGUGCUUUGCUUUUGGUUGGAUAAUCAUCAAGAAUCGCCACUUUACUCUUUGAGAAGUACGUCAUAUCAACUGUGGCUAAAGGUAUAUUUCAUUUUAAGGAGCGUCACACACAGCUGCUGGUCCGUCUCCUCGCGGAGGAAAUUUAAAGCCCGUAAUGUUCAAUCCACACAUCCAUCAGCAGCAGCAACAACAACAACAACAGCAACAGCAACAGUUUCACCAGCACCUGCGGCAGCUACAACAACUUUUCCAGCAGCAGCCUCCGCCUCCACCACCUCAGCCGCCUCCCGGGCACCAUGUCGGGCACCAUCACCACCAGGCACAGCGAUCUAUUCCUUCCCAGGCAGCUCCUCCCCCCAGGAUGGUCAACCUGUGCCAGGCAACCCAGACUACCAUCAUGGCCCCCAAUCCCAUGCUGCAGGGGGCCCUACUGAUGCAACAGAUGCAGGGUAACAUGCGGGGCUUCAGGAUGGGGGGACAGCAGUUCCGUCAAUUCUUCACUCCCGGGUCCAGGUCGUCUCUGCUCGGGCCAGUUCCUAUGGGGAUGGCCAUCAAGUCCCCCAUGAUGGGAUACCCGGGUGGUCGACAUUAUCACCCGCAUGCCCGCUACUACAAUAACAAUAACAACACUAGCACCACCACCGCAGCCUCCUCCUCCUCCUCCUCCUCUUCCAUCACCUCCGCAGACACUGCAGCUCGCCAGCCAGACAGGAAGAGAGACAGCGAGCAGAUGACAGCAGGGAGCACAGACGAGCAACCAGCAGCCAGCAGCACCAAUGAAGCCACCGACAAGACUGAAGCAGACGGUGCUGUAGGAGGAGUGGAUGAACCCACACAGCCCUCCGAGGAGCAACUUGAAGAACCUGUAGUCAAGAAGCAGAGGACAGAUGGGUCAGAGGAACCCGAAGAACAAUGUGGUGUUGAGACCAUCACCAUUGCAGAUACAGAAGUGGAAGUUCCGUCUUUUGAGUGUAACAGCGAUGGUGAGGACAGCCAGCCUGAAGACUGCAUCCUUCUGGAAGAAGGAUGCUCCACGGGGGGAUCAGAUGUUGUUGAGGCGCUGGAGGAGAGCAGCGCUGUUGAGGUGCACAGCUGCUUGUCGGCCCCGUCCCCGUCUGGCAAGCUGAGUGAAGAUGACUUGCUGUCAGAGGAGAUGCCACAUGGCAAAGACGCCCCUCUGGCUUCACCCGAGAACCAGGAGGAAGAAGAGGAGGGUGUAGCGGAGGGCAACAACAAGUUCUACUGCUAUCUCUGCAGCAUUACCUGCUACAACCAGCCAAACUUCAGGAGUCACAUGAACAGUGUUUCCCACCAGCAGAGGAUGAUGGAGAUCCAACACAUGAGCAAUGCUUGUCUGGUCACUCUGCUGCCCCGAGUGCAGGAGACUCUACAGGAAGCAAACAAAGACGGAGAAAAGAGGGCGGACUCAAAGCACUGGUGUGCCACCUGUCACACCCACUUCGCCAGUAGCAUCACGGACCACCGACGCACCGAGGAGCACAAACUGGCCAGCAGAACAGUCAUCUCCUCCUGCACCGUCUGCAAGAAACACUUCAGGACCUCCCAGAUUUUUGUGGAGCACUUGCAGUCCCGGGAGCACAGGCAGAAAGUGGAGAAGCUCCAGGAACAGGAGGGCUGUGAGGCCUUAGGCAAGCUGGACACAUACGGCUUCUCAUUGGAAGAGUUGGAGUGCAGCGAGAUGGAGGAGGAAAGACUGAACGAACAGGAGGACUGGUCCUGCCUUAAAGAAGUGACUUUAAAGGACAUGGCCAGUGAUGAGCAGUACGACGCUAACACAGUCUACGGGUCCAGUUUUUUUGUUCCAGUUGCAGGUUUUAUCUGCAGAAUCUGCAACAAGUUUUAUCACUUUGACUCUUCUGCCCUGCACACCCACUGCAAAACAAUCAAGCACUUUGAGAACCUCAAGAAGUACAGAGAGUUGCUGAGUCAAAAGAGUGAAGCUGUUGAGUCUUCCAGAGAGUCUCUCCUCGCUGCAGACAGCCUCAGGCCUGUAACGGCAACCAGCACAGACUGUCCGGUGGAAAAUUCCCACUCUGAUGAUGCCGGUUUAGUGACGAACCUGAACUCCAUGCAGCCUAUCGUUACACUCAGCCGAGUGGACGUGCAGACGGAAAACCAGCAACGGGAGGAACAAGCGGAACCUGACCAAAACUCCCAGGACUUCAUCGGCACCUCAGCGACCAGCACGGGCAACACGGACCAAGAGCUCGGCCUCCACUGCAAGGAGGAAGAGAGCACAUCCCAGGUCUCUGUGGGUCUGGAGAGUCCGGCUGAGCUGCCCGAUGGUGGCAGAGAGGAACAAGAGCCAGAGCCAGAACCAGAGCCAGAACCAGAGCCAGAGCCAGAGCCAGAACCAGAGCCAGCAGCUGUUGUUGAGGAUGCUCAUGUAGAGGAGGAGGAGGAGGAGGAGGUGGUGGUGGAGGAGAAGGAGGAGAAGGAGAAGGAGGAGGAGGUGGUAAAGGAGAAGGAGGAGGAGGAGGAAGUGAAGGAAGCUCCCCCUGUCCCAGGAAAAAAGAAGGCAAAAACCACAACCAAACGCAGGUCAGGGAGGGCCACAAACAGACGCUGAGUCAGAGAUGAGAUGUGGAAAGAGUGGGAACCCUUAGGACAGGAUGUGUCGAUAUUCGAAGAGGUGCUUUCAUGAAACCAAGAAGUGAACAGCCCUGCCUCUCUCCAUGUUGGAAAGUCUGAACUAAGCACACACACACACACACACACACACACACACACACACACACACACACCAACAAAUAGGAAGAACGAUGGUACAUCACGGUGUAACAGGACUUCUUAUUUGAUGCUCUCCCAGGGUGGGAAAUUUAACACCAGCCGGCUAUUGCGUACAUGUUGAAUCAGUGAUGGGGGGGGUAAGUAUCUUAAUAUUGGCUCCCAGUGAGAGAAUUGUUGCUCUUGAGUAGUAUAAUCUCCAGCCUCACCUUUAGAAUGACAUCAUUAUAACAUAAGUACAUGUAGCUCACAACAAACCAUGUCCUUCCAGUUUUUACUAAUUUGUAAAAACUGCAUUAAUGUUGCCUAAAAUAACUUUUUUUUUUUUUUAAAGCAGUACACCAUCACAAUAAUACUUUCUCAAGUAGAAUGGGAUUGAGACACGUAAAAUUAUAGAAGCUAAAUUCAGAUUUAAUUCAUACAGUAUUUAAGGUGUAGUUUGACAUGAGGGGAAAUAUGAGAAAUCCAUAUUAUUUUUUUAGGUUACCCCCAUCUGCAAUUGAAACUCUGGUAAUUACUUUCCAUGAUACUAAUUAACUAUUAAAUAGCUGGAAUUUGCUGGUCUUACUACUCUUAUUACUGGCUCUCCUCACAAAGUUACCUUCCCACCCUGGUGUCCUCAAGGAUCAGAAUGCUGAUUGUCAGAUUUGCUAAUUCUCUAGCUAGCUAGAUGAACGAUAGUUAAAGUAAUGUAACCUACCAGUGGAGACAUUUUCAACAUUGCUUACAUUAGCACAUGCUUUUAGCGAGCUGAGAUGUAGAAUGUGACCGAUUGGAAGUAUUAGAGCAGGUGGUUUAAAGGGAGUGUGAGGAGGGGACUUUGGCUCGAGUGUUCAGAAAUGCUGAUCUCAGCUCUGUUCAAAGGCAUCGCAUUAUCUGUUUCAUUUUUAGACAUUUUUGGGUUCCAGUUGAUGUCGUGUUUGGCGCACAAUAGUUGUGGCCUUCUCACUGAACGGGUGCCAGCAAUUGGACAUUUUUUUUGUAUAGUUAAAUGUUUAAAUUGUGUUUUGGAUUCAACACGAUCUGUAGCAGCUGAAUAUAGUGUAAAAAUGCAGCAAAAUGUCUAAAAACACUUUUACAUCUGUGCACAAUGGAAAAGAAACCCUUGUAGUCAUUCUAAUGUUAAACUAAAAUGAUAUUCAGCGCAAAAAGCUGCAUCAUGUGCAUUUUGAAAUUUGAAAGCUUGUCAAUCAAGGCAGGUAUAUUUUU